AUUUGAUUACGUCUUUUUUUCGAUUUGUCUGUGAUUUGUCUCCAUUUCAAUUGUAAAAUUCGUACGGUAUGCAUCGUUCUGUUCAGCAUCGCCACAAUUUCAUGUGAUAUCACAUUCAUCUCGGGCUUAAGACAAAAGUAUUUGCCAAACAUUUUAAAGUGAUUUUUUUUUUCAUCUGCACUCUGAACAUUUUCUAAUGAAAAAAUACGGAAAAAAUCAAAAAAAAAAUAAUUAAUGGAAAAAAUUUGAAGAGAUCUUGACAAAAAUAAGAUUGCCGAUAAAAUUGUGAAAACUUAAAUUUACUGAAAACAUUGAAAAGAAAAGAUUAAAAUUGGUGUAUCGGUGACCGAAAAAAAAGUGUAGUGAUAAUAAUUGAACGUGAAUAUUUUUUUUUCUGAUGUGAAAUUUGAUGACACCUUAUGACUUCAUCGUCAACAGCAACUCUGAGGCCGGCCAAUUGUUCUAUUUUGUCAAUUUCUUUUAUUUCGUCGGUGCUGGGUGUGUUUUAUUAAAGAAGUGAGAGAAAUAUAAACUAAGAGAACAAUAUACACGUGAAACCCGAUUCGGCAAUUGUGUGAAUAAAUUAUACGAAGCUUUAACGAGUGUGACGAAUAAUUUUCGGCAUUUUGGAGCGCGCUUUCGAGAUAGAGAUAAGGCGAGACGAGAGAGCUUAUAUCUAUAUGUAGCAGCGCCGCCGGCUACUCCUUGCACAAAUUUGCACAUAAAGAGAUCAAUCCAAUAUUGCCAUACAUAAUACUACGCAUUCAUAUACACAAUUAUUCGGCGAGAGAGAGAAAUAUUUUGAGCAAAGCAAUAACAAUAUACACGAACAGUGAAACUCGUGAUUGGAAAAAGAGUUUUUCCCACUGUGUGUCUCUGUCUCUUUCGGAAAACUAACCACAUUCAUCCGAAACCAUCCAAUUCGAUUUAUACAUAUACAUGCAACAUAUAUUUGCGAACAAAAAUGAAUUAAAAUACACAGAGAGAGAAAGACAACGAACCAGAGACCCAUCCAGAUCUGUACACAACUAUUUCACAUAGAGCGAAAAUAAUAUUGCAAAAGCGCAAUACCAUUUGCUCCUCUUUCACUUGGUCUCUCGCUCUUUCAUUCGCUUUGCCGUUUGCCAAGCGCAAAUCCCUCAUAUCUACAGAGAGACACAGAACCAUACAUAUUUGCAUAUGUAUAACAAGAAAUGGAAAAUCGCAUCAUUUCCAUAUAUCAACGCUAGCAACUGCCACCAAUAACAUUUCGAUUUCGAAUUCGGAUUUAUUUGAGUCAGUAUUUAAACCGAAUGCGGAUUUGAUUGUCGUGCGCUCUCUCACAUCGCCAUACAUACGAGUUCUUCCAAUUGCUUUUUUUGAAAUCGGUUUUAUUCGUCGAUCAACUGUGCAAAAAAACCUUUUUCUGAACUCAAUGAAAACAAAGUGAGAUAUUAAACGAACAAAAAUAAAAAGAAGACGAAAAGAACAAGAAGUUUUUUUACUAAAAUUUUUUGUGACACGCUUAAACGCGUGUAAAAGUGAGAAACUCUGGCGAGCUUAGCUGAUUUGUAUCCGCUGCCAUUGGUUAGCAAAUAUUUGAGUGAAACAAACGGAUCUAGUGUUUUUUCGACAAAAAAUCGAACAACACCGAUGAGUAUGGAUUCAGCAAUGGACUCGCUAUCGACUGCAAGUGAUCAUAGCGUAGCCUCAGCACCACCAUCGCCUCAAUACAAUUCCAAAUCGGCUGUCAGCCCAAAUAAUAAUAACAACAGCAACAAUAAUCAUAAUAUGAGUGCAUCAAAUAACAGUAAUACAACUUCAUCAAAUCAUCAUCACAAUCAUAAUCGAAGCCCGUCACCAGUGAGUCCACCAUUGCGACAUCAUCAAAGUAGCCCGCACAUGAUUUCAAUGGCACAUCCAUUAAGUCCACCACAAACAUCCACACCGAAUAGCAUUGCAGCCGCGAUGGGCCCACGAAUGGCACAAAGUUUACCGCACUUGGCUCCACACAGUUUGGGUUUACUCAAUUCACUACAAAUGAUGCAUCAUGCAAAUCCAUUGGAAUUGAUGGCAGCUGCCCAUCAUCAGAUGCCACCACGUUCGUACAACAGUCCGCCGCCAAUUUCGACAUCCGAUCCCACGGCAAAUGAAUGCAAAUUGGUCGAUUAUCGUGGCCAUAAAGUGGCCGCAUUUAUCAUCGCCGGCGACACAAUGUUGUGUUUGCCGCAAGCAUUCGAGCUAUUCCUUAAGCAUCUCGUUGGUGGAUUACACACAGUUUAUACAAAACUAAAGAGAUUAGAUAUUGUUCCGUUGGUUUGUAAUGUGGAACAAGUGCGUAUCCUUCGCGGAUUGGGUGCUAUCCAACCGGGUGUGAAUCGUUGUAAGCUGUUGUCCUGCAAAGAUUUCGACAUUCUCUAUCGGGAUUGCACAACGGCCAGAUGCUUGUCGGUUAAACCCCUUGAAAGCUCUAGACCGGGCCGACCACCAAAACGAGGACCUGUCGGACUAUUACCUUCCAGCCAUUUAUCGCAUCAUCCACAGAUGAAAAAACAUCGAUUGGAUAACGGUGACUACCCAUAUGAAAAUGGGCACAUGAAUGAUAUUUCGAGGUUGGAGAAAUCCCCACUUUUGGCAAACGGUUACAAUCCACCGCCAACACAUUUGAAUCACAUGCAAUUUAUGCAAAUGAACCAUCAUCCUGGUGCCAUGAUGAGUCCUGGCUUACCGCCACACGGACUACCACGACACGACAGCCAACUCAUGAAAGGACAACCGAAUCUACCCAACAUGGAUGCCAUUGCCAGGUCUGGCAUUUGGGAAAAUUGUAGAGCCGCUUACGAAGACAUUGUUAAGCACUUAGAACGAUUGCGAGAAGAAAGAGUUGACGAUCGAAACCAAAUCAGCGAGCAAAAAUCAAGGGAGCACACAUCACAUAAUGGUUCAUCAAAUGGUCAUAGUCCGGUGUUAAAUCUCUCAAAAUCUGGUGGUUUAGAUCAAGGCAGUACCGGCGAUCAGAGUGAUCGAAGUGAGAAUCAAUCACCAGCACCAUCCAUUCACGAUGAAGAUGAGAAUCUAAGCGAAGACAAUAUAUCCGAUGUUGAUGAGCGCGAAGCAAAGGACGAAGAUUUGAGUGAUAAUGAACGUGAUAACGCAGCCCAAGCACCAUCGUCACAAGUUCCAAAUUCCGAUGCGCAUCAGCAGGCAAUAAAUUACACAUCGUUAGCGGCUACCGCUGCAGCCGUGGUAGCCAGUGGUGUGAAGAGCAAUGUUUCGGAACAAGAACAACAGAAUUUAUCAUCGACCGAGACGCUAUUACGAAACAUCCAAAGUUUAUUGACUGUCGCCGCUGACAAUGCCAGACAACAGGAACGUCAAAUCAGCUAUGAAAAAGCUGAACUUAAAAUGGACGUUUUGCGAGAGCGCGAAUGUAAAGAUACAUUGGAGAGACAACUGUCCGAUGAGCGAAAACUUCGAGUUCUGUAUCAGAAGCGCUUCAAAAGAGAACGAAAGCUACGCAAUCGUUUUGAACAAAAAUUGGAAGUUGAAACGAAACGUCGCACUCAAAUUGAAGAUGCACUUAAGGCUUCUGGCGCUCCAGCUGAAGCCUUGCGUUUAUUAUCUGAAUCAUCUGGUGAUCGAAAAGAAAAGCCGUCGUCGGCCGAUCGCCGCACUGAGAGUCCUUACACAAACAACCAAUCACUGCAUGAGAUGGAAAUGGAACGAAAAACACGUCAACAAACUGGCGAUCGUGAUGUGAAAAGUCCAUUUCAGGAGAGGCCAAAUUACUACAAAAAUUCGGUUUUAUUCAGCAGUGCGACUUAGUCGAAUGGCUCAUCAUCGGAACAGUGACUAAAUAAAAUCGAUAAAAAAUUUCAUUGAAAAAAAACAUACACAGUGAAAACGAUUAAAAAAGUGAAACUAAAAAAUGUGCAAUGAUUCAGUUUGUAUCGUUCGUAAAAGUGAAAGAAAAUUUAUAAAAAUGAAGUAUAUCGACGAGUGAAUGUGAACGUUUAUGAUGAUGAUGAUGAUAUCGGAGACAUAAGAAGCGCCUGCCGUGUGUUCGGUAAUAUUGGUUAAAAUAAGUGCUAAUGUGCUCAUCAGCAACAACUCUUUUCAACUAAUACAGAUCCAGAUCUCAAGUUUUCCCAAACACACACAAACAUAUACAUAUACAAACAACACUCGAUUACACAAUCUCUUAUAAAUCUAGAUUUAAAGAUGAAAUAAAAAAAUUGUAUUAGCAGGUGAAUUUCUAUGAGGUUAAUUUACAUUUUCACAUAAUAAUUAAUCAAAAAGUAGAGAGGUUAAACUGGCGGAAAAAAAGGAAUGCGGUGAAUAAAGAUUCAUAUUGAUGAGAUUUAUUCGUGUGUCGCGCGCGAAUCAGUAGUAAGAAUACAAGCGUAUUUAUAGGAAAAACCCAAGUAAGACUAUCAUAAAGAGAAAAAAAUGAAAUGAUUUAACGCAUUACUCGCAUAGAGAGUAAUUUACUAAUUAAAAUUUCAAAAUUAGAAGAUUUUAACGGAAGAAAAUCCACAAACAUACAUACACAUAAUUUACAGAGUAAAUGAAAGAAAAAAUGCAUACGCCCACUUUAACAUUUAACCAAUUUAUAAAUUCCUAUUUCUUUGCCAUAAAUUAUUUGUAUUAACUUAAACUUAGGUGAAUUAAAAUUUAAAGAAAAAAAAUAAGUAACAAUAUCACAAUAAUAUAAAAUUAUAAAAAAACCGCAGAGAAAAAUCGAGAUUCAUUUAAAAAAUGAAGAGAGAUAUGAUUGAACCUUUUGCAAUUGCAAUUUUAAAAUUGAAAGUAAUAGGUGAAACAGAAAUACUAAACCAGAUAGUAAUUAUUGGAAUAAAAACAAGGGUGCGAAUGAGUUAAGAAAAAGCCAGAAAGAAUCAUCUCAGAGUGAAAGAGACGAACCGACGCAACUUCUAUAUCACAUACACAGUAGAAAUUGUUUAUUAAACAAAUUAAAUAAUAAUCUUAAUAAUUAAGCUAACCAUUAGCAAUAAUAAACACACAGAAUUAAUUAUGCUACCGACGGAGGGAGGGAUAGAAUUUUUCCCCCAUCGCUCACGCGCAAAAUCGCCAUUUUCUUCACAAUUCGUUCUGUUGACUCCAAGGGAAUGGCACGUAUAUGAGAGACAUGGCGACGUGCCAAACCGUAACGCCAUCUAUCGGAUAGAAUCUGAAUUACAAAUUUCGUAUUGACUAUCUCAUAUUUGUGUAAUUUUGUACAUAGAACUAUAAGGUUUAUUCCGACAAAUUUGUAAGGUUUUUGUUCGCCAACAUUUUAUAUAGCAUGCCAUACCCUUGGUUGACUCUUUUCAUUUUAUUUGUUCUUGUGUCGCUCUGAGUUUGAAGCUGCGUGAGUGGACACACCAUUUCGUUUGAUGUUUUCAUCCAAUUUUUUAGUGUUAAAUUAAAUUAAUUUUUAAUGAUUAACAAGAAAUGUUCCGUGUUUUCAAUAUGCUGUUGUGAUCGAUUUUUUGCUUGUAAAAAUAUAGUGAACAAACGCACGAUGCUCAGCACUAUGUGCUGACUUUUUACUUUUCUUAAAUUCUACACACUAUUUUCACCUAAAUUACUCUCUCUCUCUCUCUCUCUCUCUCUCUCUUUCGCAUGAAAAAGCAUGUCAAGACAAUACUAAGAGAUACAGAAAGGGACAGAGUGUUUACAAUGUGUGAAUUUAUAGUCCAUCUUCAACCGUUUCACACGCAUAGAUCCUUUAACUUUUUUCUGCAAGAACAAAAAACGGCAAAAAGUUUUCACUUUUGGCACUUUGAUAAUUGGUAUGGGCGUGCGCUCAUAUCACACAUGGCAUUUCGGACGAGUCACAAAUCAACAUUUUUUUGGCAAGUUGUUUUCAUUUUUAGACGAAUUUCAAAUUGGGUAUAGGUUUAUCAAAGCGCGACGAUGACAAGCAACGUUGACAGUAGCGCCAUGGUGCGGUUGCCAGCGAAACUAAAAAAAUGACACAAAUUUCGAUCGCCCAAAUCAAAAAUGGUACAAAUUUGUGCCACCCAACAUAAACAGUGGCAACCAUAAUGAAGUUGCUGCGUUGCCCAGCUGUCAUUGUCUUCGUGCCUUGGUUUAUGAAAUACUGAGAUGCAAAAUUCACCAUUGGAUAAAAUAAUACAUAAUAAAUUGCUUAAAAGAAAUGGCAGAUCUAUUAGAACUUAAUAAGAAAUAGAAAAGCGUGAUUGAUGAUGACAAUCGAAUUGCCGAAGAUGAAAUCGAAUUGAAAUGUAAGUAACUGCCGUCGCCAAAUUCUAGCGUCAUUUUCUCUAUUUGAAGACAUAAUAGUGUCAUACUAGAUUUGUUGAAAGACAGUCCCAUUGCAUAAUGCAAAACGCUAUAAACAAUGGAAGAGCCGGCGCAAAGAUAUGAAGCUCGCGUGCGUCAUAUAUGCAACGCAAUAAGCAUGAACAAGAUUGAAAAUCAGAAUUAAAUGAUUUUUUUUUUCGAUAAAGAAAACAAUAUAUUCUCUACAUUCAUACAUCUCUCUUCUCCUCUUCUGUAUAACUUCUAUGGAAAAUAUACGAACACAUACAGACACAAGAAGAUAAUGAAGCAAAAAAAAUUAACAUUUAAUCGUAAACUAAAUGAAUAUGAGAACUCUAACUAAAUAUAAAAGUAUAUGUAAUUGUAAUUUGUAAUUGUAAUUUUAAAUAUACGACUACCCAGCAAACAAUUGAUAGGGCAAAUGCAUCCAUUAUGGAGCACAUAUUGACGGUCGUUUUCGGGGUUAGAUUCGUGUGUAGUUUCAGUAAUUUCCAUAGGUUUGGCAUGGUGGAACAUUCAGGUGUGAAAACAUGGAAAAAGGGAAAGACAACCAUUAGUAUCAGUUGAACUGGGUAUAAAAUACUUUUUUUAAAUUAAAAACUUUACUCACCUACGGGCACUCCCCCUCCGUACAAUGUUGUACUAUUGUACAACUAGACCACAAGACUUUAUAUAGUCUGUUCAUGUCUAGCUACGCUAACUAUAAUAGUUAAAAUAUUUUAUUUUAUGUAAUUUUUUGAAUGUAUGAUUAAUUGAUGAUGUUUGUUAGUUGACAUUGUUGUUUUACUCCGGCGGUCUUAACAAUGAAACUGGCAAUGGUACAUCAAAGAUCCGGCAAAGUCCUAUGUAAUUUAAAGCAAAUACAUUAAAUAAUGAAUAUUCUGUU